AUGGCUACAACUUACGAUGAACGACGCCGGCAAGUCGGUCGGUCUGAAAGUAUGCCCACUGCUUCUCAAAGUGCGCGGAGAUCCUCUCUAUACCUUAACCCAGCACAUUCAUCUACUGUGAAUGCUCAGGGCACACAACGCCCACCAUCACUCCCACCUCGCCAUUCGAGUUCGACCGGAUCUACGAUUCAUCUGCCUCGGCCGAAGGCACAGCUUUCAUUAGCCCCGCAGCCAACCAGCAGAACACGAGGGCAUCGACCGCUAUCCGCGCAAUAUUUUCAGCCUAAUUCGGCCUCGUCCGAGCUCGCGAGAUGGAAGGCUAUCACCCAGAUGCAUCCAGUCACAAAUGUGCUUUCUCAUACUACUGGUAAAGCCAAUUCCACUAUUCAGGAGCUGGAGGAUCUGAUACGGCAAAGCCUAAGUGGGGGCCCACAUAUUCGUGAGAUCACUUCUAGAAUUCUGGAUAAAGUUGUUACUUUAAUUGAUGGCGGCUCGUUCUGUGGCAGGGAAAACGACCUUGUCGCCGCAUGUUCGCUACCAUUCCAAUCUAAUAGACAUGGACGAACCAUAUCUGGAUCAAUUGACUAUUUCUCUAAAGUAUACUCCUAUGCCAAUUCUCGCAUGCCUUCUCAACUACCAAACCUGAGAUUUUAUCCCGAAAUUUACCCCCUACUCCGUCUAGCAGCGCAUUACUCACGCUACGUGUAUGAAAAGUCAAAAGGCCAAGAACGAAACUCCUACGUGGAGUCUGAUUGGCGCCAAUGCACCAAAGCAAUGGUGAUAAAGUCGGUACCAGUAGACAACAUGAACACAAUCGUCUUCGCAAUCCGCGGAACCCAAAGCUUCAUGGACUGGGCCGUGAACGUGACAACAGCACCCGUAUCACCCACCGGCUUCCUCGAUGACUCGUCCAACUACGUGCAUCACGGAUUCCUGUCCGUAGCGCGCAAGAUGGUCACAUCAGUCGCUGCUCGUCUUCGCACACUUCUCCAAGAAGACCCCAGUCGCAUGUCCUACAACCUCUUGAUAACCGGCCACUCUGCAGGCGGGGCUGUUGCAAGCUUGAUCUACCUGCAUCUCAUGGCUGAGUCUCCAGCCGUGAGAUCGGAACUAACUUAUCUGCGAGGCUGUUUCGCGCAUAUUCACUGCGUCACAUUUGGUGCUCCGCCCAUCUCACUCUGUCCGCUACCCCGCCCUUCAACAUCGGUAGCAUCAAAGUCUAUAUUCUUCGCAUUCAUCAACGAAGGUGACCCCGUCGCCCGUGCGGAUAAGAGUUACUUUAUCUCUUUGAUGGAUCUUUAUAUUUCCUCAGCUCCUAGCUCGAAUUAUGAUUCUAGCUCUGGAUCUAAUUCUGGAUCUAGUUCUGGAUCAAGUUCUGGUUCUAGUUCUGGUGACUCCUUCGUUAAUACACGCCGCAACUCCAGACAGGCCGCUUACUGGAAAGUCCCACAAGCCAUGCUCUCAAACGCAGGCCAACUCGUUCUCCUCCGUUCUCACAGCCAGCCAGAUUCUCGCUCGUCAAGGGUUCAAGCACUCAAUCCAGGGCCUCCUCUCCCACCACGGGAAAGUGUAGAAGCAUGCGGAACGACAGAUACAGAGCUGCGCGGCUUCAUGUUCGGUGAUCCUCUUAUGCACUCGAUGGAUCUUUACACUCGUCGAAUUGAGACAUUAGCUAUGAAGGCUUAA